CAGUUAGUUGGAGUUGGAAUUCGAUUCACAGCGGGUCGAGAGUUGUAGAUCGGGUCGAGAAAAAAGAGCAAAUAAAUAAAUAAAGAGCACAGUGGGCAGCACACAAGGAUGCCACAAAACGGCUACGAAAAUGGAGUCCCUGGCGGGAAUCAGGCAAAUGGGCACUACGACGAGGUCAAGCCCACCUAUGCCCUGGAGCACUUGGCCACCUUUAAGCUGAAGAACGAGGCUGAGGUCAAGCAGCCGAAGGAGAAGAUGAAGCUUCUGGUCGAAUUGGAAAAGACCGGGGGCAUUUGGCCGCACAAGAUGUUCAUGAGCUUCAAUGGGCAGUGGCUGGUGAUGCUGGACAGUGAUAUGAAGGAGAUUGAGAACUUUCCGGGGAGCCUGAUCACGGAGCCCACGGCUUUUAUAAGCGAUCAUCCGCAGGAGUCAUUCAACAAUAUCCUCAUUUUCUCAGUGCCCGGAAUCUCACUGGGCAAUACCGAAAUGCACAUCUUCCAGGUGGCCGAUGUCAGUUCCGUGCUCUUGGUUGAGGAUCUAAAGACGCUAAGCAAGGGAACCCCUGUGACAGUGGAUCGCAACAAGACGCCCAUCCUGCUGCCCAAGCCGGAGAGGCCGCAGAACCAGCAGGCCAAGGAUCAGUAUGGAAUAGCAGCUGCUGUGGCCGGAAUAGCAGCCGAGAAGAAUGCCAUAGACAAGGAGCAGACCGAGAGGGAUGUCCAGGUGAUAAACCACUGCUUCGAGGACAUCGAGCGGUUCAUGGCCCGUCUUCAUUAUGCCGCCGAGGCGCUUAACGAGCUAAAGUUGCGCAAGGAACAGCAUAAUCCCCACGGUGAGGGACUUUUGGUCCUGAGAUCGCGACCACCAAUCGAGAGCGAGUUCCAUGACAUUUUGGCCAAGGCGAAACUGGCCCUUAUAUACUCCGUUCGGCUGCAGAACCAAUUCACCAAGCCCGCCGAUCCGGUGCACAAUGUCUUCAUAUCGCUUAAAUCCAUCGUCACGGUUUGCAACGAUAUCUACGUGGAUGCGGGUCUGCCGCAGGCGGUACUUAAUCCCCUCCUGCGCCGUGAGACCAUUGCCUUCCUCAAUGGCACCCUCGACUCCAACGAGAUGCAGCUGUGGCAGAGCCUCGGUCCCAACUGGACGGUUCCCAAGGAUCAGUUCAAGGAUCACAAGAGCUCUUAUCAUCCGAUCUUCUACGACGAUUGGUCUCCCGAUUGGGUGGUCGAUGAGGAGGUGCCGUACCUGGCUCCUGCUCUAAAAAAGAGCACAACGCCUUCGCCAGUGCCGGUUCCCAUGCCCCCGAGUCCAGGUCUAGGAAAUCGCACCUGGCUGAGUAGAUUGGAGAGCCGAAAUGUCAAGAUCGCCGAGGUUACCUUCAAUAAGUCGGCCACCAACGAUAAGGAACUAAAGGUUACAAAGGGAGAGUAUUUGGAGAUUAUCGAUGACUCCCGCAACUGGUGGAAGGCCCGUAACUCGUACGGAAACAUUGGCUACGUGCCGCACACAGUGCUCACGCCGUACAACUUUGAGCCCGGAGUAAAUGGCCGGGACACGGAGUCGCUGGCCUCAAUGGCUUUGACGGAGAACGGCGGCGAGGAGGCCAUUCCUCCUCCGCUGUACCGCAACACAAUGGCCAUGUAUACCGCUCCCGUGGAGCAGCCGGCGGCCAAUGGCAAGGCCAUGCAGCGCACCUUCUCGAUGCCCAACGUGCCCGUUCCACCACCGAUGCCUCCACCGAGCGAUAGCCAAACGCCCACGCCCAGUGGCACACUCAAACGCAACAUGGCGGCGGCAGGAGCACUAGCAGCCAUGCGGGCCCGCAAUGAUUGCGAGGCAGAUGAUCAGCUCUACUACAUGCAGGGCGACGUGCAUGAUGAACUGCGUCUACUGCAGCAGCAGCGAGAGAGGCGCAAGGACCUCGAGAUCCUUAAGACGCCGGAAAUCUUCAUCACCCAGAAUUCAAAGCCAAGCGAGGUGGAGGAGUGGCUGCGGGGCAAGGGAUUCUCGGACAUCAUUAUCAAACGAUUGCACACGCUAUCCGGCGAGGAGAUCUUCGCCCUAUCACCGCACACCAUCGAAAGUUACUUUGGCCGGCGGGAGAGUCGCCGCCUCAUUUCCCAGAUCGUGCUGCAAAAGAAUUUCUGCGAGUACAAAACCAUUCGAUCAUCGGAGCUUUCUGCCAAACUGGCACGUGCUCGCCAAAAGGCCGAUCAGUCCAAUGGCAAUCCCAACGAGGUCUUCUAAGACUCCCAGUAUCCCGAGUUUUUUAGCCGGAGACCAGAGAGACAAAAAUGCUUCAGAUGCCAUUAAUUUAUUUAUGUGUAAUAAUCCUUCAUUUAUGUUAAACAGUGUUCAUACGUAUAUU